CAGAAGAGAAUAGAGACGUCAUAAGGAGAGUAAGGAAGGAGCAAUGGGAAAGGGAACUUGCUCGAGGGUGGCGGAGGCUUGGCAGCGGCUGGAAGGCGGGCUGAACUGUACUGUCUCAAAAAGCCGACUGGGUUGCCACUUCAAGCUCGAUGCCAGAAAGACGACGUUCACCAAAGAGCUCCGCUCCGGCCUAGCCACCUUCCUUACCAUGGCCUACAUCAUCUCCGUCAACUCCUCUAUCCUCGUCGACUCUGGCGGGCCGUGCACGGUCCACGACUGUACAACCGACCAGCUCGCCCACCCCGGGUUCCACCCGGAUUGCCGACUGCGGCCUAACCCGGGCUACGAUCGUUGCCUCGCGGAAACCAAAGGUGACCUCGUUGUCGCGACCGCUGCUGCCGCCGCUAUUGGUUCCCUUGUUAUGGGUGUCGUUGCGAAUCUCCCCUUCGCUCUCGCCACCGGAAUGGGCGCCAACGCAUUUUUCACCUACAAUAUGGUGGGCUUUCACGGCACCGGCCCGCUUACCUACGGAGAAGCACUCGCCGCAGUCAUGCUGGAAGGCGCGGUCUUCCUCGCCAUCUCCGCGCUAGGCCUCCGCGGCCGCCUAGCCCGUCUGAUACCGCGAGGUAUCCGCCUGGCUUCCGCAGCAGGCAUCGGUCUUUUCCUCGCCUUCACCGGCCUCCAAGCUGGCCAGGGCGUCGGGCUCGUAGGGCCGAGCACAUCGACGCUUGUGACCCUCUCCGCUGGCGCGCUCGAGCGCCCCUCUUUCUGGCUCGGUGCGGCCGGGUUCGUGCUCACUGCCUUCUGCCUCGCACGUGGGGUAAAAGGUGGGAUAAUUUACGGCAUCUUAUUCGUGACCGUAGUCUCAUGGUUUCGCGGGACCCAAGUCACGAUUUUCCCUCGCACCCCCGUCGGAGAUGUGACCUACGCCUACUUCCGCCGUAUGGUCGACUUGCAUAAAAUAAAGCACACUGCUGGGAUGGUGGAUUUCACCGGGCUGAAAAAGCGGGCAGCUUGGGUCCCGCUGCUUACCCUUCUGUACGUGGACAUUCUCGACACAACAGGGUCGAUGUACUCGAUGGCGGAGUACGCGGGGUUCACGGACGAAAAUGGGGGAUUCGAAGGGGAGUAUUGGGCAUUUUUGGUAGACGGCGGCUCCACGAUCGUGGCAGCGGCGUUGGGGACGACGACGGUUACCACGUACAUAGAGUCGACGGCAGGUAUAAAGGAAGGAGGGAGAAGUGGUUUGACAGCGGUGACGACCGCGGCGUGUUUUGUGAUGGCGAUAUUUUUUGGGCCGGUAUUGAUGAGUGUGCCGAGUUGGGCAGUGGGGCCAGCGCUGGUGAUGGUGGGGAUGAUGAUGAUGAAGUUGAUUAAGGAGAUUGAGUGGGGGGAGGCAAAGGAGGCGGUGCCGGCUUUUCUGACGAUGAUAUUGAUGCCGCUGACAUUUUCGAUCUCGAAUGGAAUAAUUGCGGGGAUAGGGGUACACAUUGUGCUGCAUCUGUAUGAAUAUGGGGAAGCGGCAGCGAGAUGGAUAUGGAGAGCGAGGGAGGCUUUCGGUGAGGGGAGAAACCAGGUGUCGGCCGCAGCAGGAGAAAUGCAGCAGGCGGCGACGGUACCGCCUGUUUGAUGAAAUGCCAUGUCCAUUGAGACGCCCUGCUGCGAACCAGAAGAUGGUGCGCUAAUCUGCUUUCGAUGGAUGGAUCAGAGUGGCACUAUUAGAGAAAG